ACUUCCGUGUUGCAGAUGUGUUUUUGCUAAUUGUGGAUGUUAGGGGGGAAAAAGACCUCACAGCAGCUGCUGGUCCUCAAGUCUGAUCCUGGAUGCAACGGGGCCGGUAUAAAACCGCAUCACUCUGCUGCGACUGAAUGUGUUCGGACUUUAUAUUCGUGUAUUUUAUCAGGUUUAGCCGCUGCUGACAUCUGGUAGCUCGCAGGCUAACAAAGCAGGCUUUUACGCUAGCACGUAACGGAGCUUCUCCGAAGCAUAAACAACCCUCUUCACAGCUCCAGAAGAAGAAAAAAAAAAGCUACUGGCAAAUUACCAUUCGUGUCAGGGAAGAAAACCCGCAGCAUGGGUUAGCUAGCUGCUGAUGAGCCAAUCUCCAUCCGAGCCAUGCCAUGAUGGUGCUGCGGAGGCUACUGAGGAAGCGCUGGGUGCUGGGAGUCGUGUUUGGACUGUCUCUCAUCUACUUUCUCACCAGCACACUCAAACAGGAGGAGCGAACCAUUCGGGACCGCACGCUGCUCGAGGUCCGAGACUCAGACCACCGCAUCCCCUGGAAAGUCCGCUUCAACCUGGGAAACAGCAGCCGGCAGAUCACCCAGUGCAGAAACUCCAUCCAGGGCAAGACGCUGCUCACAGACGAGCUGGGUUACGUCUGUGAGAGGAACGACUUGUUGGUCAACGGAUGCUGUAACGUUAACGCUCCCAGCACGAGGCAGUACAUCUGUAAAAGCUGCCUGGCCAACGGCUGCUGUAGCAUCUACGAGUACUGCGUGUCCUGCUGCCUUCAGCCCGAUAAGCAACCUCUCCUCGAGCGCUUCCUGAAUCGAGCGGCUGAAGGCUUCCAGAACCUCUUCACCGCCGUGGAGGACCAUUUCGAGCUGUGCCUGGCCAAAUGCAGGACGUCGUCACAAAGCGUCCAGCAUGAGAACACGUACAGAAAUCCUCAGGCCAAGUACUGUUAUGGCGAAAGUCCUCCAGAGCUCCUUCCAGUGUGACUGAUUUACUCUCCGUUUCCGAGGACAGAAAGAGCGUCAGGUCAAUAAAACGUCUGUGUUUGGACACUUGAGGACACUGAAGGUGACUCUACUCAUGAAACACUGCCACGGAUUGUUCCGUGUUGUUAAGACACGAAGACAACCGAGGCCGAACUCGGAAAGGACAAAUGCUGUGUGUGAUUUGAUUAUUUACACUUCAUAAGUGCAUCGAAGGCGUCAUACAUUCAUCCGUGAUGAUCACCAGGUCCACAUGAACUCAUCCAGCAGGAUUUGCUUCCUUCUUCGUCAUUGUUUUGUUUUGUUGAUGGAUUUAUAAUGGCAAAGAAUGUGUCAUUACAUCUCUGUAUAUUGCAUGCAUCUGAAAUGGAUAUUUAAUAAAAAGUGACUGUGAAAUGACA